AUAAGAACAAAAUAGAUGUAUCAGUUUGGCACUGUCUUUGACGCCGCCAUGGCGUCUCCAGCAAUUACCUUCCUCGAGCUAUGUCCUUCCCGUUCUUCUUCGAUUCUUUGGCCUCUGAAGGUUUGAAACACUCAUGGAGGUAUAAAGGAUUGCCAAGCGUCUUCUUCUCUGAAUAUGAAAUUGUGUCCCUCCGCACCAAAUUUCGACGAACACCCAUCGGAAACUUCCCAAAAGGUAGACCUUCUUUGAGCUCCAUUAGAGCAAUUUUUGAAAAGAUUGUCUUCAGUAGCUCUCCUCAGGUAACUCUACUUGACGAUACACAUAUCCUGUUAUCCUUCUCAAUGGAAAAUGAAUUUAUCCGUUUUAUUUUGCGCAAGAUCUGGAAAACCUUAGGGUUUGAACUAGAGGUGUUCAGAUGUAAGAAUGAUUUCGAUCCAACUAUAGGUUCUCCACUUACCCCAGUGUGGAGUGGCCUUCUUGGCCUCCCAAUUCAUCUCUUCGAACCAAAUGCUCUAUUCUCCAUUGGCAAUUUAAUAGGGACCCCCUUAAAGUUGACCAUGCUACUAUGAUGUUGUCUUGUCCUUCUGUGGCAUGAGUGUGCAUUGAAAUAGACUUGUCCAAGGAACUACCGAGAGGGUUUGGAUUCACCUUGGCAACCUGUGCUUUCUUCAACUCAUCACCUACGAAGACCUCACUGAGUUCAGCACACGAUGUUAGACCUACGGUCAUACAACUUGUAGGAAGGUAGGAAAAUCCAUUCGGUGGAUGAGAAGGGAUUCGAGGUUGAACCAGGUAGGGAUAAGGACUUGCUUCGUGUCAAAAAGUAUUGUAUCCCUGAUUUUCUUGUGAAUGACUACACCUUUACAUCUCCUGAUUUUGCAACACAGAAAAAGACAAUGAGAGCACAUGAGACUCUCAAUGAGUCCUCAGAUGGCGCUCAACGACACACGGAAUGCACUUCCUCUGCACAACUAGGAAAUGAUGAUCAGCUGAAUUCUAAUCCUAAGCUUGAGUUUCCAGCGACUGUUUUGAACAUUGAAUGUAGUAUAAGUAAUGGACUUCGGAUUCGGCAUCGCGGGUUCCCCUGGCAACAGAAUGAGUUCCGAAGCUCUAAGGGAAACCUCUUCGGUUUCCAUGGUGGUGCCGUCCUCACCGCUGCCCUUCGGAUCAAGUGUGGGGGCUGCCACCAUGACCUCCUUCUCGAUGCCGAGCUCGAUCUUUGGGACGGUCCCUCGACCCAUUCCCGGGCUCGAAACCACGGGGGGUUACCGUCUAUAGCUUCGGCCACGACGGUCAAUUUCAGACCGAACGCGGGAUUCAACGCACCGGUCAAUCCAUUCGUUGGACCUCACUGGGCAUCAAAUGGACCUUUUUUCCUCCAUACGCCCAAUGCAGUUGGGCCAAUUUCAGUGCCCGCAAGUACAGUCCAAAGGCCACCGAAGUUCAAUGGCACGAACUUUAAAAUGUCGCAACAAAAUAUGACGUUCUUCUUGACCGUCCUGGGAUUCACUGAGUACCUACAUCAAGAUCCUCCCCAUCCGAACAACGGAAACGACCCCCUCGUGGCGAUGGUGAACCAAGCAUGGUACCAUAAUAACUAUCUCACCAUCAACUACAUCCUCGAGGGGUUGGGCGAGACAUUGUACCCCGUCUACGUCGAAGCAAAGCUUGCCAAGGAGCUUUGGAGCAACUUGAAAAAGAAGUAUCAAGCUGAAGAUGCUGGCACGAAGAAGUUCAUCGUCAGGAAGAUGCUGGACUACAAGACGGUCGACAACAAAUCUGUUGUCGCCCAGGCUGAAGAGCUUAUGUUGAGGAUCCGAGAGGAAGGGCGUGCUAGAAGAGGUGGAGGGGCAAAGGCGAAUGUGGUAGAACAUCCUUCGGGCUCUUCACAUGGUGGGAAGGACAAAAAGAAAAUAGGUCCAAAAGGUGGUGUUUCUAAAUUUGCAGGGAAGUGCUAUUAUUGUGGCAUUACCGGGCAUCAUUCCUCUCAUUGUAGGAAAAAGAAGCCACAAAAGAACAAGAAGAAAACCACUGAAGCCAUGUGCACAGAGCUCGACAACUUGGACCUCUGCGCAGUCGUCACCAAGAUUAAAGAGACAGCCACGCCAUCGUACAUCUCCUCCUCAAUGCCCUCUGGGAUCGGCUCUAGGUUCAUCUGUCUGAUCACCUACGGACAGCAAAAGAAAACAACGCUAUCCGCUCAGCAUUGACGCUGAGUGGUACUCCAUUGUAGCACAAGAAUAAACAUAAUAAUUCAACAAUUAAGAUCGUGCAUAUGUUUAUCCUUUUAAUAAAAAUCAAUUCAACUUUACAUUCGGUUCUUUAGACGGUUGACCAACAGUCAACUUAUUUUCUUUCUUUUCAAAACGAUUUAGGUGUUACG